GUAAACCGGUGAAUUCUCUGUUUGUCUCUCCGGCCGUCACACCAAUCAAAAGUCUUUUGGAGCCGUACUCCAACAACCCAGCUUUCCGCAUGUACCUGUACGACACCGAGGACUUCUCCAUGCAGGACAUCUGGCAGUACUUUCUGAAUCUGACGGAGGCCAACGAGAGACAAAGUGCUGCGUGGAGGCGGGAGUACGUCCUGAGGGAGGCGUUCGGAUUGGCCGACCUGAAGCCGCUCAGCCUUCUGAAGCUGGGUCUGAGCUUCAUGGAGCAGAGCACAGCCUUCGAUUCGUACUUCAAACACUUCAUGGUGGGCUACGACAGUAGCUUCAGCUGCGGGGGGGCGUGUAAGAUCAGCCAGGUGUGUGCCAUGCUCUACCUGGACCAGCUGGCAUACUCCAGAUGUGUGAAGAAGGGAGGAAGGUCCAAGAGGAGGGAUUCAUCUCAGGGGCCACUUUUUAGAUAAUUCUCACUCUGCAGGAGUCAUGAGAAGGGCCUUCGGGUAUCAAAGCUAUCCAGAUUAUAAACUUCCCAAUUACACGAAUAAUAAGGUAUUUCAUACAGAGAACAUUAAGACAUAUAUAUAGAUUUAGAUGUGUGGAGAAAGGAGACAUUUAGAUCUACAUUUUGUUAAAAGAAAUAUAUAUAUAUCUGUUAAUAAUUUAGUUUUUGGGAGAAGGGGUGGGAUUAAAUAAGUGUAAACUUCUUCCCACCCCUUUUCGGAUGUGUAAUUAGGUAGAUCAUUUGUUUAUAUCAUUUGUUACUGCUUAAGUUUGUACAAUAUCAUAAUUCUCAUGUUUCAUUUCAUUAUUAAUAUUAUUGUUUUACACAUUCGAAAUAAAUCAAAUCAAAAGGGACGAUGGUAGCAUGGAGGGCAAUCCAUUCUACAAUUUACUGUGUUUGUAGUGGUGGUAGUAGUAGGCGGCGGCUCAGUGGAUAGUGUGCUGGACUUUGAAUCAGGGGAUAGCAGGUUCAAACCCCACUGCGGUCAGCAUGUCGUUGUGUCCCUGAGACACUUCACUCCAAAUUGCUCCUGUGGGGAUUGUCCACAGAACUGAAUGUAUGUCAGUUGCUUAUGGUAAAAGCAUCUAACAUGUAAUGUGUAGUAGUAAGUAAACAGUUUCUCAUAAAGAGGAAAUACUCUGCAAUAACUUUUAUGGGACAAUAAUAUCUUUCUAAUCUCAGGUUUUAGACCUUUUUUAAAGUAAAACAAUUCCUCUCUUACCCAUCAAAUCAGGAGGGAUUCAUCUCAGGGGCCACUUUUUAGGAUAUUUCUUACUCUGCAGGAAUCAUGAGAAGGGCCGUAUACUGGCUCUGUAUUUAGCUUUUACUGUUUAUUUGAUUAAAUGUAAAUGUUAGUUCCUACUGAUCGGUUCCAGCCUCCAACUGGCUUUGCUGUUACCAAAAAUCCAUCCUACAAUUUACAGUUUCUUUUCUUACUUUUCAGGCAUCAAAAGUUUUCCAAACGGCAUCUAGAUGAACAUUUGCACUGUUUCCACAUUCUUCGGUUAAGGAGGGAUUUAUCUAAGGACUUUUUGAGUUUUGAUAAAAACUAUUUUUAACUUUCUGGAAUAAUGAAUGGGACGUAGAAUUUUUUGUAUUAAACAUGCAUUUUACCUUCUGGUAUCAAAGCAAUCCAGAUUAUAAACUGCUGAAUUACACAAUAAUUAAAAAAGUCUUCUUACUAGAGACAAGAAGACUCAUUCAGUUUUUGAUUUUUACUUUUUUUAACUGAUACCAUGAACUGCAGCUGCUGCUUAGGACUUUACAUUCAGAUUUCAUUUGAUUGCACAUAUUAUUUUUCAGUCAUUUUCACUUUUGAAAACAUAGUAAACAACUGAAUAACCAUUUAAAUAUAGUGGACAUACACAGAUAUAAGUUUUAUAGACAUCCUGAUCAUGGUUGCAACCUUAAACAUGAUGUCCUCUAACUCUUCUGGGAAUCACCUUUCUUUAAAGGAGAUCACUUUAAAGGAACGUCGAUUAAAAUGUACGAGUUAAGGGAUUUGUCUCAGAGGUCACAAUUACUUUUAAUAAAUAUGUUUGUACUUGAAUCAUGAAACGGUUAUAAUGCACUGUUUGCAUUGUGUCAACAUAUAAUAACUAUCACAUGCUGUUACAUAAACAAUGAAACACGAGUGAAGGACAUAUGAUCACAGAGAGGUUAUUGAUUUGAAAUGUUAUUUUUUCUACUUAAUAAAGACCUUUA